CUUCUCCACAAGCUGCAGUCCUGGAUUAAUCGUCACGUAGUGUUUUCUUUCCAUAGAUCAGAUUUCUCAUUUUGUUAAUAAGCGCAGCCUCCCGUCCACUUGAAGUCAGCUGUUUCGGACAAGGAGCAACAGGGUUUUGCAUUAUUGAGCUGAUAGCCUGCUGCCUUCCUCGAGUCCUUAUUGUUUGCAGGGUCAGAUCUGAGGGGGUGGGUGAGGGAGUGCCAUUUAAUCAGCAGCUAGCCCCUGGAGAAGAGCUGGCGGGGCAGUUCUGGAGCGUGAGAGCUGUGAGGAAGGAAUAAAGUUCAGUUUACUCAGGGGACCUGUGGUUUCUAACCUUACUGCAUGGCUUGUUGGCCUUGAGCAGUCAGCCCCACCCCAUACCUUGUCUUGCCCACCGCCCCCAGUACCUGAUCCCUGAGAGAGUGGGGCGCUUCUUCUUGGGCUGCUCUUGCUGGCAUGGGAGGCAGCUUUCACCACAGGAAGAAAGAACAAAUCAGGUUCCUCCCUUCUUGGCUCCUCUAGCCUGGCUGAGGAGGGACCCCUGUGGGGCAGUGAGAGAGGAACUGGACUUGGUCGCAAAGUCUGUAGUGCAGUGCUGGCUCUGCCAUUUACUCUCGUCAUGACCUUGGGCAGUGAUUGACUCUCCUGCCUCUGGCCUUAGCGUCCCUGUUUCUACAGUGGGAAUAGAACUUGAGUUUACAUUCAUGUAUUGCUGUUUUCUGGAGCUCAGCCUGGGGAAGACAGACAUUCAACAAAUGAUUAUAAGAUGGGGUGAUAAGGACUGGCACCUAGCGGAGCGCAGCAGGCGUGGUGUGGGAGGGGCCAGCCUUUGGGCUGGCGGAGAGCCCUGGAUGCCAUGUGGGUUGAGGUUGGCCAGGAGGGGAGGGGUUUUAACCAGGAAGUGAGUGCUGUUGGGUUUUAAAAGGCAGUGGUAGGCUAGAGGGUGGUUGGGGAGACAGCUGGAGAGCACUGAGGACUUGGACUUGCAGAUACUGUGUGAGCCGGGAAGCCAACUCAGGAGACCCCACUGCCAGUCAGGCAUGUGACCAGGCAUUGAUGCACCCCCAGGAAGGCCACGCGCUCAGGAGGCCCCUCCCCGCUGGCUGCUGCUCACAUGGUGUCUGGGCCCCAGGCACUCCGGUGGUACGCGUGGGCAGGGCGAGGGGACAUGGGGCCCGACAUGGAGCUGCCCAGCCACUCGAAGCAGCUCCUGCUGCAGCUGAAUCAGCAGAGGACCAAGGGCUUCCUGUGUGAUGUCAUCAUCAUGGUGGAGAACUCCAUCUUCCGGGCUCACAAGAAUGUCCUGGCCGCCAGCAGCAUCUACUUCAAGUCCCUGGUCCUGCACGACAACCUCAUCAACCUGGACACAGACAUGGUCAGCUCCACGGUGUUCCAGCAGAUCCUGGACUUCAUCUACACAGGCAAGCUGCUGCCCAGUGACCAGCCAGCUGAGCCCAACUUUAGCACCCUUCUCACUGCCGCCAGCUACCUCCAGCUGCCCGAGUUGGCAGCCCUCUGCCGUCGCAAACUCAAGAGAGCCGGCAAGCCCUUUGGCUCUGGGAGGGCAGGGGCCACCGGCAUGGGGCGGCCCCCCCGCAGCCAGCGGCUGUCCACGGCCUCUGUCAUCCAGGCUCGUUAUCAGGGGCUUGUGGAUGGGCGUAAGGGGGCCCACGCCCCCCAGGAGCUCCCCCAAGCCAAAGGCUCAGACGAUGAGCUCUUUCUUGGUGGUUCUAACCAGGAAAGUGUGCAAGGUUUGGGCCGGGCCAUCUGCCCAGCUGGUGGAGAGACAGGCCUCGGGGGCUGCAGCAGCAGCACCAAUGGGAGCAGUGGGGGCUGUGAGCAGGAGCUGGGCUUGGACUUGUCCAAGAAAAGCCCACCCCUGCCCCCUGCCACCCCCGGUCCCCACCUCACUCCCGAUGACCCAGCCCAGCUGAGCGACAGCCAACACGGCUCGCCCCCUUCGGCCUCUGCCCCUCCUGUUGCCAACAGUGCCUCUUACUCUGAGCUGGGGGGCACCCCCGAUGAGCCCAUGGAUCUGGAGGGAGCUGAGGACAACCACCUGAGCCUGCUGGAGGUGCCUGGCGGGCAGCCUCGGAAGAGCCUCCGACACUCCACUCGGAAGAAGGAGUGGGGCAAGAAGGAACCUGUGGCUGGCUCCCCUUUUGAGCGGAGAGAAGUGGGACCCAAGGGUCCCUGCCCGGGAGAGGAGGGCGAGGGGGUUGGGGACAGGGUUCCCAAUGGCAUCCUGGCUGGUGGGGCUGGCCCUAGUGGGCCCUAUGGAGAGCCCCCCUACUCCUGCAAGGAGGAGGAGGAGAAUGGCAAGGACGCAAGUGAAGAUAGCGCGCAGAGUGGGAGUGAGGGGGGCAGUGGCCAUGCCAGCGCCCACUACGUGUACCGGCAGGAAGGCUACGAGACGGUGUCCUAUGGGGACAACCUGUAUGUGUGCAUCCCCUGCGCCAAGGGCUUCCCCAGCUCCGAGCAGCUCAACGCGCACGUGGAGACGCACACAGAGGAAGAGCUGUUCAUCAAGGAAGAGGGGGCCUAUGAGACAGGCAGUGGGGGCGCCGAGGAGGAGGCCGAGGACCUGUCGGCGCCCAGCGCGGCUUAUGCAGCUGAGCCCCGGCCCUUCAAGUGUUCGGUCUGCGAGAAGACCUACAAGGACCCGGCCACUCUGCGACAGCACGAGAAGACGCACUGGCUGACGCGGCCCUUCCCCUGCAACAUCUGCGGCAAGAUGUUCACGCAGCGUGGCACCAUGACGCGUCACAUGCGGAGCCACCUGGGCCUGAAGCCCUUUGCCUGCGAUGAGUGUGGCAUGCGCUUCACCCGCCAGUACCGCCUCACUGAGCACAUGCGUGUGCACUCAGGUGAGAAGCCCUAUGAGUGCCAGCUGUGCGGGGGCAAGUUCACCCAGCAGCGCAACCUCAUCAGCCACCUGCGAAUGCACACUUCCCCCUCCUAGAAGCCAAAGACCCGCGGGCGCCCUCUGCCACCUUGCUCCCCGGGAACCCAUGGAAGGAGAAACGUGGUGGUGCAGCGGCAGGGGCAAGACCCUGGGUCCAGUGGAGGCUCCGGGUGGCCCCUCUGGCCCCCGCUUGCCCACACCCAGAGCUUUAAUCGACAGUCUGUACCAAGCAGAGCCGACAGGAGGGAAGCCAGGGGUCCCAGCCCGUCUACCUCCCCAUCUCACCCAGGUCCCCAGCUCCCCGCGGGGACCACCGCAGGGCCUGUGGGCUGGGUCACGUGGGUCUCGCUGGGACCUGGUCCCUUUGCUGCAGGCGACUUGGAGAAAGGGGGCAGUGGGGGCCUCCAUGCUGGUGAUGGCCAAGGUGUUGUUGGGAGCAGGCCCCACCCCGUUAGCCGCGUCUGUGUGUGUGCACGUGUGCUUGUGUCUGUGUGGGCAUGUACGGCCCUGGUUCUGCAGGGAACAGGUGCUGGGGGUGCAGAUCCCUCCCUCCUUGAGCCAGGGUGGCACUGCUCACUGGCGCUGGGACAGUCAGGGUGACCCCACCGCCUACCUCUCUACAACUAAAGAGCCCUCUGGGCCUGUGUUGCUGUUAUUCCUACUGAUCUGUUCCUCUAUUUUUCUUUUUUCUUUUUGUUUUUUAAACCAAAACAAACAAUAGCUUAUUUUCUUCCCAGCCCCUCUGGGGCUGAGCCUGGGUCUGAAGACUGAAUGUAACAGGGGCCACUGGCCCUCCUGCGCGUCCCUGGCUCUGACGCUGCAGGGGUGUCAGCGUGCCACCGCUCCAGGCCUCAGAAGCCCUUCUUUCCCAAAGGCUUCCCUGGUCCCUGAGCCCUGCCUCGGCUGCCUCAGGAGAGUGCUUUUCCUGUAGUUUCCAAGGAUUAUUCUUUGUUUAGAGGUACUUGUUUUUUAUUAAGAGAAAAACCAGUGUAACGUUUAUGUGACUGAACUGGAAGGUCUGGGGUUCCGGGGGGUGGGGGGAGGCUGGACUCGAUGCCGGGGCCAUUGGUACUCUCGUUUUCAUUUGUGUGUGCGCGCGUGUGCCUGUGUGUCUGUGUGUGGUGUGUGCCGUACGCGUGGGCAGACGUUUCGCUUUCCCUCCUUCCUCACUGAACAAGGUGGAGACUUGUGACUUGUUGCUACCUCUUGAAUUCAUGACAACAAUAUGUUGGUGACUGGCAUGGAAGCCCUUGGCAUCCCUGCUUUCUCCUCCUAACAACCAGGAAGUCGGUGCAGGAGUCACAGGGCUCCGAGUGGCCCAGUGACUGGGCCCUGCAGCUCACCUGUGUUUCCCCUUUGGGCCUUGGGCCACAUCCACCCCCAGGGGACCCUGGCACCCUGGGCACAUGAACCUGUUUCUGGUGUGGGUGAGGUGUGAGGCCCCAACGUGGAGCCAGGCACUGGGUGCUGACAGGGGAACCAUGAGGAGGGUGGCAGGUCUUUGCAGCUCCUGGCCAGGCUGAGGCGGAGGUGAGCCCUCUUCGUCCUGCCACCUCCUCCCUCCAUUCCUGCAAGAGUUGAGCUUGUAAGAGCUGACCUUAGGACCCCCCCCAGAGAACAGGGAUUGUACUUCUCUGAGCAGACACUGUCUAGGGCUCCUCAACCAGCCUCAGACACUUCCAUGAGCCCCAUAGUGGGCUCUCAAGGCCACAGCACAGUCCCACUGUCUUCGGCCAACUGGAGCAGUGGGGCUGGGCCUGCAGGCUUCAUCUCGCUUCACGACUUCCCCUUUUUUUUCCUCUCUCUCUCCUCUAUUUUAAGUUUAGACCAAAAAAAUUCCAGAGUCAUCCCCUACCCCCCACCCCUCCAGAGACCCUCCAACUGAAAACAGAGCCUGAGUUCAGGGACCCGAGUGGUGAGCAGUGUGUUUUGGGGGUGAGGGAGCUUGGGCGGAUGAGGCUUCUGGCUGAGCCCUCCCUGUGGCGAUCCCAGCCUGAGAAGGGCCCUCUUCCCUCCUGGUGGGAAGCAGAGAAGUGGACCCAGGGUCUUAGAUUCCAGCAAGUCAGGCUGGGGACCUUGAGGGGAGGAGACUCCUGGACUCCGCCCCUCCUCAGUGAGGGGGCUCCCCUUGUUGUCCUGACCCCACCCCACCCUGUCAGCACUUAAGCCACACGACACAAAGUCUGUACCGCACGGGAACUGCACGCGCCCGGGGCCAUGUGCGUGGCCUCUGGGGCUGUGGGCAGCUGCAUCUGUGACGUGACUCAUGAAAGUAGGUGAUUCCUUUGCAGAACUUCAGGGACUGGGAGCAGAGGCCCCUCACUCAACUACGUUUGUGCGACAUAGUAUUGUACCCACCUUAGUAUUGUAUGGAGCCUUUUCUGUAUUUUAAUGAGAAAGCAGAACACUAGUUUCCUAUUUAAGACUUUAAGGGUUUGUGGGGCGGGGCGGGAUUAACACAACAUUUGGCUUUGUUUUCUUUUUCCUUUGAUUUCCACGUUGGGUGUGUGCGAGUGUGUGUGUGUGUGAUGUUAAGAGCCUCACAAAGAAACUGGGUUAUUGGAGGCCAAGGUGGCUUACAGCUCUCUGCGCUUGUCACUUAAUUCCUAAAUGUUUCGGAGAAACAGGAAACAGAAAACAGCAGAUACCAUGUAGGAAAGAGGAUAAACAAAGAAAAAAGAAAAAAAGAUAAGCUCAUACCCAAAUUCACAAAGCCUAUUUUUUAAACCAAAGCACAUUUUGAAUGAGUAUGGAACCUCCAUGGGCUCAGACAAAAGUUACUAAUAUAUUUAUCUCAUUGUUUACAUAAGCUCUUACAGUUUCAGACCUCAGCAGCUGUAAGGCCAGUCCAGGGAACCCUCGCCUGCUGCUGGAAGCCCUUCUCAGUUGGCCCUGGAGUGGUUCACGGGCAGAGCGGGGCAGCCCUGGGGCUGGGGAAGGGACUGGAAACCUCCCUGGAUUCACCUGAGCCCUCCUCCCCAUUCUCAGGGCCCCUCCAAGCCCAGCUGGCACCAAAGAGCUUGGGCCAGUGCUGACCAGCCCCCAAGGCCCUCUGACCUGGACCAUGCUGGUCCUGACCAGCUGGCCUAUGUGGGGGUGGCCAUCAGCUCUGGCCACAGGACCCGAGACUGGGCUUGAGUCCCCCUGCUACUCUGCCCAUGACCCUCGGGGAUGGGUUGAUGUGAGGGUCCCACUCAAGCCAAAAAGCCGGGACCUUUGCACAGCCCAGGCAACUCUGGUGGGUCCCCAUUCGUGGCGACCCCCUAACCCCACCCGAAGCAGCAGAAAGGGCUGACUGGGCCUGGUCCUUACCAACAUAGACGGUGCAAACACUCUUAACAGUGUUGUUUUUGUAUCAAUAUGUUCGUGCAGUGAUGAAUGUAUUUAUUUCUCAGACUUGGGGCGAGUGAGCAGGUGGCAGGUCAGGCUCCGCCACUGCACACUCCCGCCGGACCGAGCCCCAGCAAGGGCUCCUCCAGGAAAGAAAAAAAAAAAAAAAAAAAAAAAAAAAAAAAAAAGGAAAAGAUGAACCUUUAAGCAAAUAAUCUCAGAGACUCGCAGCAUAGCCAUACACCUCAGCCUGUGAAAUGAACAAUCCGGACCCUCCCCGACCUUCCCCACCUCACGCAGCUGCGUGUGUUUCCCGUUCGUCACCACUCGGGGGUGCCGGGCCGCCCACCCACUCCCCCAACCUGUCAGUAUUCACUGGACCUCGGGCGCCAUGCAGGAGUGCGAUCUGAGCUGGGUCACUGGGCAGGCCAAUCCCCUGCCCUCCUUCCCGGCCAUCCUGAGUUGGGGUGAGGCCUGGGCAGCUGGAGGGCAGGGCUCGGGGAGCAGGAGGCUGCAUCCGUCCACCCCCAGGUGUGGGGGACAAAAGCCAAAGGCGAGGCCUUAGAGCAGACAAGGGCUCUCAGCCCUGCCAUGCCCGCUGAAGGGACCAAGGUCCUCCUGUUUCCCAGAACCCCAUUGGGGCAGAUGUUACUGAACCUGUGAAUCAGAUGCCAGGGGUGAGGGGCUGGGGAGGGACCUAACCUGACCCUGUCUGACAUUCCACGCCGGGGUGGGCAUGAGCUGUGGGAACUGAGGCUGCCCAGGACCCCCUUCCUAGGAUGCCCCAGCUUCAGUCACCCCACUUUAACUUUCUACAAGGACCCCCUCCCCUUACCUCACCUUGCUAUUUAUUGCUGUAAUUUAUUGACCUCAAAAAUGCUGCAUAACAGACCUCACUGGGGCAGGGAGGAUCCCCAGGGCUCCCCCCCUCCACUUGGCGGGCCCUGUGGGGCCAGGUGCUGAGGGGAGCCUCUCUACCCCACCCAUCACUAGUUUCCCUCCGCCCCCACCCUGGGGGCCCCAGGUUGGGCACUGGCUCAUUACUUACAAAUACCUCGAAUGGGGAGGGGGGAGGGAUGGGGUUAUAAGUGUUUUGUUUAAUUGGAACUGGAAGAGGGAUCAUGUUCUAUUUUAUGCCCUUCCCAGAAAGGGGGAGGGACACCAGGAUCGCACUCCUGUACUGGCCACCGCCGCUGUCACUCGUCACAUUGAGUUCACAUCCCUUGAGAGUUUGUAUAAAUUCAGGUCAGCGCUGCAGCUAUGCAGCCGCCCAGUGUCAUAGAAAAGCAAUUCACCAACGACUGAUCUCUCCAUUCAGAAGUGUGCAGUCUUAAUGUACAGCGAUGAGAAACUGUUAUUUUAUGAUCUUUUCAUUAAAAGCUUGAUUGAAAACU